AGUAACAACUAGUUGUGGCUCGGUGUCGGUAUCCGUUUUCGAUCUCAUAAACUGUAAAUAAUUUUCCAAUUCAAUGUAAAGAUUGGUGAACAACUGAUUUAAGAUGAAAAAGAGAUUUAUAGUUGUCAAAAGUGCAAGUCCGUGUAAAUGUUCAUCAAUUGUUAUUUGUUUAAAUUAUUUACCUAUCUUUAUCGUUAUGUGGAAUUGAUGGCUCUGUGUCUAAAUUUUGAGGUUGGCACAAUUAAAUGUGAAAAAAAUUACGAAAUCUGCGAAGGAUGUGGACAAAAAAUUCAGGAUCGAUAUUUGAUGAAUGUUGGCGACUCGAAUUGGCAUGAACAUUGUCUGGCGUGUUGCUAUUGUGGGACACAACUCAGUCAUACGUGCUAUGUGAGAAAUUCAAAGCUGUAUUGUAAAAUGGACUAUGAUAGAAUUUUCGGUGUAAAAUGCACCGGCUGCUGCCAUCCAAUCCUGCCUCACGACAUGGUUAUGCGACCACAAAAUUACAUCUUCCACCUAUCGUGCUUUGUGUGUUACGUUUGUCGACAACCCUUACAGAAAGGCGAACAGUUUCUACUGCGAGAAGGACAACUCUUCUGUUAUCGCCACGAUUUGGAAAAGGAACUCUACCUGGCGCAACAUUGUGGCGAUGAAGAUGACAUUCUGAGACCUCGAGAUGGCCGAAGAGGUCCCAAAAGACCCAGAACCAUUUUAACAUCACAGCAAAGAAAACAAUUCAAAGCCUCCUUCGAUCAAUCGCCCAAACCAUGUCGCAAAGUUCGCGAAGCCUUAGCCAAAGACACAGGACUGUCAGUGCGAGUGGUGCAGGUGUGGUUUCAAAAUCAGCGGGCGAAAAUGAAGAAAAUCCAACGAAAAUCGAAACAAGAUGGCGAUAAAAAUUCAUCCGACAAAGAUAAGGACGAUAAGAGUGUGAAACAGGAGUCCUCAGGAAGUGAAAAUGGCUACCUGGGAUCCUUCUCAACACAACCGCUAAAUCCUAACCUGCCUUAUUCACCAGAUGAUGGUUUAUUUUUAGAUUAUCCAGCGAAUUCAAAUGACAGCUUCUGCAGUUCUGACAUCUCACUAGAUGGCAGUAAUUUCGAUCAUUUAGAUGACGAUGGUGAUUCGCUGUCAUUACAAAAUCUAGAAUUGCAAACACCUGGAACGCAAAUUCGAAAUUCAAAUGGUACAUCGUCAACGCAUCAUGAUUCCCUGGGGAGUCUUAAUUCGCAUAAUAUAAUUAAUCCAAUUGAUAAGUUGUAUCUUAUGCAAAAUUCAUAUUUUAAUUCUGAACAAUGAAAAUAAAGAAAAACAAUUAAAUUUUGUAUAAAUUAUGAACAAUUCAAACAAUAGUGCCAUAAAAAUGAAA